AUGCGUCCGCUGUAUCCUGGCGGUCCUGGCUUUGGCUUCCCUGGCCCUUCAGGACUCGACUGGCCGCACGCGCACGGCCUUCAGGACGACGUGACGCUGUCGAUGGCACGCGAUCUGCGUCUCUUCUCGUGCUACUUUGUCGUGGCCGAGUCCUUGGCCACGUUCUUGGGCUACCGCAUCGCCCAGCACUGUAUCCGCGGCUGCCGCGUCUACUUCCUCUCUCCCUCCCAGCGCAUGUGGAUUGGCUUUGUCUACUGCUGGCUCAAGAUCCGUCUGAUCGACUAUGCGUUCCACGGCACAGCGUACUAUACACUGACGUUGCUCAUUAUGGCCGUGUACUUUGUGUACGCGCUGCUGGCCUUUGGCUUCCACUUUGGCCCGCUGCAGUUUCUCUUUUUCGACUACAUGCCUCGGAGCAAGAUGACGCAGAGUGUGAUCUAUAAACUCGCGCUGCUGUGCCAACAAGUCUCGAUCCGGCUCGAGUUUUACGUGCUGCAGCAGCUCAUUUGCUGUCCGCCAUUGGAGACACGCGAUCGAGACGCCAUGACAUCGUCCGCGAUCUCCACACAUCCGCUGGACCCGCUGGACGCCAAGUCACUUUCGGGUCGUUUACAGCCGGUCGAAUUCUCUCGCGUCACAUCGUUUUUUGGACGUGAAGUGGACGUCAAUAUUAAACACUGGAACACGUCCAUGUGUCAGCAAUGGGCCAUGGCCUUGAGCUCGGCAGCGCGCUCGAACGCCUUACGGGUCCAGACGAAAUGCGCAGACGUUGCACUGUCUGACAGUGUUUUUGAGUGCCGGUUCAUGUUCGUGAUGCAGCAUGAUGGUAUGCUGCUCGGGUUCUUCAUGACGAGUCCGACAGCGACGCUGAUGAUGAAGUUUAGGGACGGAAAAGUGGUGCCGUUCGAGUUGCUGCAGCGGUUUAACUGCAGCUCUCGCUCAGCGAUCGCAACGACCCAGCCCGUGUUCCUGUAUGCGGAGAGCCCGAGAUUGGUGGGUCGUGCGACAAUGGCUCAAAAAGAUGCUGUCUAUCGACUACUAGUACAGCUCAACAGCGCUCACGGCUGCACGGCUGAUGUGUCUCUUCGUGCUCUGCGUGGCGAAAACUUCAUGGGUGCUGGCAUUGGCCGCGUGGUAGCGAAGAAGGUACGUGCUACUCCGGGAUCGUUCAGCAGGUUGGACGCCUGUUGA